ACUCGGCUUCUCCGGGCUCCAGGUCUUAUAUAUACUGCCCCUUCUCACCUGACACAGCUCCCUCCAACCCAUGCACCUCCAGCUUUGACAGCCACUUCCACUUACCUCCUCUCACCAUCUUUCCCUCUCCUGCAGCAGCAGGGAGUAGUAAGCAGUUAUGAACAUGACUAGCCCCAGGCUAAAGCUCUUCGGCUUCCACGUCUCCGAGGAGGAGCACGAGCUGGGGGCGCCGGAGACGGAGGCCGAGGCCGAGCAGGAGGAGGCGCCGGCGUGCGGCAACGGUGGCGGCGGCGGCGGAGGAGGGUCGGACUCCUCCUCGUCGUCAACCACCACCACGACCACGGCCACGGCGGCCGGCGGCGACGGGCGGAGGUACGAGUGCCAGUACUGCUGCCGCGAGUUCGCCAACUCGCAGGCGCUGGGCGGCCACCAGAACGCGCACAAGAAGGAGCGGCAGCAGCUCAAGCGCGCGCAGCUGCAGGCGGCCGCGGCCGCCGCGGGGCGCGUCGCGGGCGGGGCCGCCGCGCUCUACCCGCGCGCCAACCCGAUGGUGUCCGCCUUCGCGCCGCCGCCGCACCUCCUCGGCGGGGGCGGCGGCGACGCGGCGCCCACGAGCUGGGUCUACUUCUCCCCGCGCGCCGCCGCCGUAGCCGGCGGGCCGCAGGGCCAGCAGUUCCACGUCUCCCACGGCUGCGUGUUCCCGUCCCGCGGUGCCCCGGCCGCGGCCGUGACCGCCUCGCCGGCCGUGUUCUCCUACACCCCGGCGCCCUCCGCCGCCGCCGCCGCCUCGGCACCCUACGUGGCCGACGACCACAGCGGGCGGAGGGUCCACCACGCGAGCCCGGUGGCUGCCCUGGCGAGAUACCCCGGCAUGGCGGGCCCCGGGAUGGUGGUGGCGGAGCCCGUCGUCGCCGGGCCGGAGGACGCCCUGGGGCUGGACCUCCAGCUCAGCCUCGCGCCCGCCGGCUUGUGACUUGGCUGCCUCCUCUCGCCUACAUCGUCGUCGAGAUCACCGCACGCGCGCGAGCUGCCUUGGUAAAAAAGAAUUAAUCACCUACUAGUACUACUACUACUACUACUAAAAUUUGUACUGAGAUGAUCGUCCCUGGCUAGGUAAUUAGCACUAGUAAUUAUGUUUAGUUGCUGCGAUUUGGAGAUUGAUCGAUCGAGCUAGCUGCAUGCAUGUAAGCCACCUGUAAGGCUCCGGUUCUUGAUAUGCAUGAUGAUGAUCUGAUGAACGAUGGCCAUGCCGGGCAGGCCCCUGUAAAUUUUUGGUUGAUCCAUCAAAUCUGAUCUGCCAUUUCUUCGGCACAAGUGCCACCAAUUUUUCCA